AUGGCAAAAUUUCCAGUUAAAUUGUACGUUUACGACCUCUCUAGAGGUAUGGAAAGACAGCUGUCACCUUUUAUACUUGGUAAGCGUGAUAAUGAUAGAAGACUGCUUAUUUUAAUUUGCGAGAAAUAUCCCAGCUGAAAUAUUUUUCAAUUUUGUGUUUCGCAUGUACUCUGUGACUCAGCAAAGAUGCGACUGUUAAGCGCUUAAUCCUUUGGAAUAAAAGCUCAGUGUUACUAAGUUUACUAAGUUUACUAAGUAAAAUUCAGGGCAAAUGAAACAUUUAUCCGUCUUCUUCUUUUUGAUUACACCACAGCUGUUAGGUCUGUUCAUUCAGUAUAUAGAUGUGAUACCAAGCCAGCGUAUUUAAUACGUCAUCAUCUACAUCAACAUUUAUUAAGUUGGUAAAAUCUGUACAGACAUCACACCAACUAUUAGUUAUUUUUUCUGCACUUGUAUCCAUAGGCAAGCAAAUCCAUGGAAUUUGGUACGUGCCCUUUUUUUUUUCUGAAUAGAAUAUUGGCUGAUUUUUUUUAAUCCUGGCCUAGAAUAAUUAUAGUUAAGACUUAAACUGUAUUGUGUUCUCUAUUAUUCGCAUCAGUAGUGUGAUUAUGAUUUAUAAUUUUUAGUUUACCUUGGCACAUGGCUUAGCUAUUCGUACAAGGUUUUAAAAAGCUAUGAACAAGGAGCAUUGCUUGUUUUGAGGUGUUUGAUCAGAAUCAAUCAUUUUUAGCAUUGCAUACACUGUAUAAUUACCUUCUCCAAUUUAGUCCAAAAUUAUCACUAAGAUUUAAACACUAAUUCUCUUAACAUUUAGCAGUAAAUUAAUUUUGGCUGUUCCUGAGAAUUUGUUGCAAAUCAGGCCUAUAUGUUGAUAAUUGGAGAGAUUGCUUCUGUAUGACCUGAGAGCCUCAAAAUAGAUAUGACUUGUAAUCUUGUUUCUCGACUACUUAAUGUCAAUCUACAAUUAAUUGCAAGUGAUCACAUGUAUGUAUUUUUUUUGUUUGUAAAUUAAAUUUACUUUUUGUUUGAUUCAGGACCAAGUGUGGACUUAAAAUGCUGUGUUAUUUUCUUGUGCCUUCUUUUGACUAUUUUUAAAUACUUCUUUUAGGCAUACAGGCCUGGUGUGUUAUGGUAAGGAGUUUUUUAUGGCAGUGAUGGAAUAAACAGUUGUCUCCCGGUAUUUAAUAUCUUGAUCUUUUCUCUAACUACAGUAAUUCAAGAAAUACUGUAAGGUCUUAAAGUAAAUCUGGACACCUGGUUCAACUCUGAAAUCUGAACAAGACAUUAUUAAUUUCUGGUAGCGUGACUGCUACAGCUUUCUUUUCUCUUUUACUUGUGCCGUAGGUUACUUACUACUGAUUGAAACAAUUCCUUUUUUUGUCAGGGUGGAACAAUUCUUGGUAGUCCAGAUGAGGUUUUUGAUCUUGGUGAUACAGAAAUAACUCAAGAUCUUUUCAUUGAUUUUUUUAAGUGCAGUUGGACAACAAGAUUUUAG